AUGGGACGUCUACAAAAUAUACCAUUCGAUAUACAAACUUAUGAUGUCACGUUCAUUUUGGCAGAUUAUGUGAAAGGAGAGCACAAAUUCUUAAGUUGUGUUCCAAGUAUUAAAGAAGAUACAUGUGGCCUGAAAGAAUCGCCGCUACGUCAGAUAAAUUCUUGCAAGAACGGCAAAUUGGAAAAGAAAAAUAUGGCAGCAGUAUUUCCCUCCAAAAUACCUAAGAAUUAUAAACUUUGCCCUUUCAACGUUGGGAUGGCCACCCUGUUUCCAUAUUCUAUGAUUCCUAAUAAAGAGAAGAUGAAGGAUUUAGACAGAAUCACGGAAGGCAACGGUUCUGAUAUAGAAAUGUUAAAAAUAAUAGCGCAAGACUUCAACGCCACAUUGAAUUUAUUUUAUAUUUUUAGAGAGGAAGAAAACCCUUAUUUACACAUGGAGUAUUUGAAUUAUCUCUUCAAUAAAACACUUGAUGCCUGUGCAGGGGGUCUGUAUAAUAUUUACGGAGAUGUGGUUGCUUAUUCUGGGAUAUACACCACCCAAUCUGUUAUUUGGGUCUAUACGGUGGACCGUGCCAUUCGCUCCUGGCAAUCUUUGGGACACAAGGUCACAGACGUCUACUACUUCUUUAUAGUUUAUCUCAUCUACUCGGUCAUUUGGACUCUCGUGAGGAAAUACGACGAGAACAGUGUAUCUUUCGUGGAAACCAUUGUGAGUGGCUGGGGCGCUCUGCUCGGGACUACUUCAUUGCAGGAUCCAAAGAGCUUGAAACAGAAGAUACUGAACAUCGCUUUAAUCGUGAUGAGCUUGCAUCUAUCGGCGUACAUAGGUGCCCAAAUAUAUUCCUAUCUAACUAUACAAGGUCCACCGCAAACGUACAAUACUGUGGAAGAACUAAAGGUAUCCAAUAAGAAGCCUUACUUGCAGACAUCCACCAAGUAUUUCGUUCAAGAUAAAAGCUACGAGGAGUUCGCCAACACAUCUGGCGAUUGCAAAGAUUUUAGGCAUUGUGAGAACACUAUUCUUGCAAAUACUGGUGCUACGCUUAUUAUAAAUACUUAUCUCUUGCCAUUUCAAGCUGAGACCGCUGUGAACGACGAGGCUAGAGUCCUAGGCCUCCAGGAGAACGUGCUAACGGUGUAUCACGAAAUGAUUAUGAGAAAAGAUUUCGCUCUACAGAAAAAGUUUCAGGACAUUGUAACGAGGUUGUUCGAAGCUGGAAUUUGCGACAAGCUGUACAACGAAGCUAUUGGUAUCACCGUGGUGGACAAAGCCAAGAUUACGAACAAGAAUAUUCUCGCUAAUAGCUACAGUUGUACUGUUGGCUGUGAGAUUACGUUAGACCAGAUGGGAGGAGCAUUUUACCUUUGGUUGUUUGGUUGUUUGUUAUCAUUCGGUGUGUUUCUAGUUGAAGUUCUAUAUGAGCAGUUAAAGAGUUGUAAUACAGUUUAUUUGGCUUAG